AGUGACAUAAGUCGAUGAGCAAUCGUUUGAAAUAAUGUAUACGACAUACCCGGCUGCGUUACUAGGUAUAGAAGGCACCAUCAUGACCGGCUCACUCCCUUUUUUUUCCCCUUCCCUUUCUAUCCUUCCUUUCCUUUUCUUGUGGCCGUUCAGAUCCCAGAAUCCUAUUCAAACCUCUCACGAUUUUCCUUCCCAGUUCUUCUACUCUUAUUAUUCUUGUUGAUAUUAUAAACACUUCAGCCACAGCCCCUGUCCAUCGGACCAUGACACCCCCUAACGUGCUUCGCAGUCCGGCGGCGGCAACGCCCUUGAUCGAGCAAAUUAUAAGAUACAAAUUCAAAGACCGUGGUCUAUUGGCCCGUGCACUCCUACCCGCGAUGGUAGUGCAUGGGAGAUAUCUUAUUAAUGGGAGUCAGGAUCUCGCUCAUCUCGGGCACUCUGCCCUGAAGAUGAUACUUAGUCAGGAUGGAUUUCAUAACAAUGAGGGUGCUGGGUUAACGGAAUAUGUGAUCCUCGAAGAGGCCGGCGACUCGAACUUGUGGUGGGUGGGAUUCACCAAGGAGCUGGAUAGAUUUAUACCCAAGGACCGGGUUCCCAUGUCCAAGAAGGCCAUAGAGGAAGCCGUAGCCAACAUGAUGAAAGCCAUUAUGGGCGCUGUCUAUGUUGACAGUGGGUAUAGACUUGAAAAAGUCGCAAAUGUUAUCGACGCUCUGGGGAUUGGUUGGAUGGAGGAAGACCCUGAUGACUCGGGAACGGAUGAAGGCUCUAUCAUAGCAGUUUAGCAUGGGUUGGUCUUCCCUAAGGCUUGGGGAAGUACCGUUCGAAAGGUGAUUUUGCGUACCUGUCAAUCAAAACCACUCGACUAUAAAGGGUGUCUGGAUACCCAAGAAGGUGGAAUGUUGAUUGAGGGGUGCAUGUCUCGCUGUGGCUGGGACGAUGGAAGAAAUAUCCAACUUACCAUUGCUAAGGAUUGACUCGGUAGAGGGGAAAUUAGAAUGCUUUAAUUGUCCGUUGCGUUGUUUUGGCCGCGACUCCUAUCGCAUAUAAUAC